AAACUGCUAGUUUAUCUUCUUGAAAUUUGUGUUUCUUUAGGACUUAUUUGUUUAGUAAUAUUUGUAUUGUAACACCGGUUAUUCCCAAAAUGGCGACUGAAUUGUUUGGGAAAGCAAAUGAUGAAUUUAUCAACGAAAAUUAUCAGAAAGCACUAGAGCUAUACACAGAGGCACUAGAUCUUGAGAAGAACAGAGAUGACAUUCUUUGCAACAGAGCUCAAGCUCAUCUCAAGCUGGAACAGUACAAAGAGGCAGCAGAAGAUGCUUCUGAAGCCUUGGCACUAAACCCUAAAAAUAAAAAAGCUUGGUUUAGAAAAGGGAUUGCAUUGUUCCAUCUGGAAGACUACCAGUCCUCAAAAGAUGCUUUUACAGAGGGGAAAAUUCUUGAUGCUGAAGAUAAUAAUUUCAAGACAUGGAUCAGAAAAUGUGAAGCAGAGCUAGACUUACAAGGAAAAAGUAAAGAGGGACAAAGCAAUGUUGGCGUUUCUGAAACAAAAUCCGAGGAUAAACCAAAACAAGAGUCCGCAGAAAAACCUAAAGUAGAAGAAACCAAACCAGUUGUUCCAAUGCCAACUAAAGAGAAAUCCAGAUAUGACUGGUAUCAGACACAGACUCAUGUUGUUGUCACCAUACUCUUGAAGAAUGUUAAACAAGAAGAUGCUAAUAUAGAUAUACAGGAAAAAUCUCUAAGUGCCACUAUAAAACAAGAAUGUGGAUCAGACUACAGCCUUGAACUGGACUUGUCACAUGCUGUAGUUCCUGCACAAUCUGUUGUAAAAGUAUUAAAAUCCAAGAUUGAAGUUAAAUUAAAAAAGAAGGAAGGUCACCAGUGGCAUAAACUUGAAGGAGAUGAGAGCAAUCUUAAACAAAUACUAGCUGAAGAAUCUGAGCAUGUGAAGGAAUAUCCGUCAUCAAGUCACUAUACUAGGAACUGGGACAAACUCGCGAAGGAUGUCGAGAAGGAAGAGGAGAAUGAGAAAAAAGAGGGCGAUGCUGCGCUUAAUGAACUCUUCCAAAAAAUAUAUGCCGAUGGGACAGAUGAAACCAAAAAAGCCAUGGCAAAAUCAUUCUACGAGUCUGGGGGCACUGUGCUGAGUACAAACUGGUCGGAGAUUGGAGCUAAAAAGGUGGAGGUGAAACCACCUGAUGGAAUGGAAUUUAAGAAAUGGGAAUCAUGAGAGACAAUUUAUAACAUCUAUAAGUCUUUCAAUGGAAGAGAAUUAUAUAUGCAUUAUAUACCCUAAAGGUUCUAAAGAAAUUGUGCUACAAAAUUCUGUUACAAUUUUUUUUUAAUUGAAACUUUGAGAGUUUAGGAAUGUAUGUUUUGUGUUAUUGCAUAAUAAAUGAGGAAAGUUUGUAAUACAUUGUAGACACUCCCAAUCUUAACAAGUUUCUUUUGUGUUACAAAGAUGAUAUUUGAACAAAAUUUAUCAUGUAUCAGAAGCAUUUAAUAUCUUGUCAUGUUUCCCUAAUUUGUAAAUUACAUGUAUAUCAUUUUUGAACGCAUGUUUAAGAUAGCAAAGUUGAUAUCAUUAAAAUAGAAAUCAGAACUUAAAUGUAUUUACAAAAAAGUUUCUUCGGUAGGGAAAUGCAUUGAUGUGUUUGACAUAGGAAAAAUCAAGAUAAAUUUUGUAGUAUCAUUUUCUUGUAUGUUAAGGUACUUUAUGUCUAUAUCAAAUUCUUAAUUAUCUCUUUCUGAAUUUGUUUCAUGUAUAUUUUUAUAUAUUAUAUCGAGAAACUUUUUUCAAAAAUUGUUGGAAUUUCUAAACUUUCAGACUGAAGUUUACUUAUUUUUCAUUUUGUAUUAAGCAUCUUCUUACUUUUUCACCUUUUUGUUUUAAUAUAUUAAAGCUGAUGCUCUUAAAUGAAAAUUAAAGGAAUAGACUAUUUAUGUCUGUUAUAUUGAUGCAGGAAUUAAAUGAUUGCUGAAUUAA